AUGAUUACACGGUUAUUAUACUAUAAAGAACGGAAUACUAUAGAGAAAAAUUCUUCUAUUUUUGCAUAUUAUGGAUCUGGUGAAGAAUUAUCCAUGAAUUUAUGGAGUGAUAAGCCAUUUCAAGUGAUUAUUGCUCUACAACAAUUACUGAUAAUUGAUGCUACUCCUGAUAUUGAACGUCGUGUAGAUUUUGGUUGUAUAAUGGCAAUUCCUGUAUUACAAAAUGGUCAUUUUUAUUAA